AUGAAGGAUGUGGGCCCAGAAUCAUGUGGCCAGCCCACCCCCUGUUGGCCCUCACCAGCCUUGGAGUCUGUUCUAGGGAAGGCCUCCCAGCAUCUGGGACUCGAGAGUGGGCAGCCCCUCUACCUCCUGGAGCUGAACUGGGGUGGAACUGAGUGUGUUCUUAGCUCUACCGGGAGGACAGCUGCCUGUUUCCUCCCCACCAGCCUCCUCCCCACAUCCCCCGCUGCCUGGCUGGGUCCCGAAGCCCUCUGUCUACCUGGGAGACCCGGGACCACAGGCCUUAGGGAUACAGGGGGUCCCCUUCUGUUACCACCCCCCACCCUCCUCCAGGACACCACUAGGUGGUGCUGGAUGCUUGUUCUUUGGCCAGCCAAGGUUCACGGCGAUUCUCCCCAUGGGAUCUUGAGGGACCAAGCUGCUGGGAUUGGGAAGGAGUUUCACCCUGAUCAUUGCCCUAGCCAGGUUCCCAGGAGGCCUCACCACACUCCCUUUCGGGGCCAGGGCUCCAGCAAGCCCAGGGCAAGGAUCCCGUGCUGCUGUCUGGUUGAGAGCCUGCCACCGUGUGUCGGGAGUGUGGGCCAGGCUGAGUGCAUAGGUGACAGGGCCGUGAGCAUGGGCCUGGGUGUGUGUGAGCUCAGGCCUAGGUGCGCAGUGUGGAGAGGGGUGUUGUGGGGGAAGAGGUGUGGCUUCAAAGUGUGUGUGUGCAGGGGGUGGGUGGGUUAGCGUGGGUUAGGGGAACGUGUGUGCGCAUGCUGGUGGGCAUGUGAGAUGAGUGACUGCCGGUGAAUGUGUCCACAGUUGAGAGGUUGGAGCAGGAUGAGGGAAUCCUGUCAUCAUCAAUAAUCACUUGUGGAGUGCCAGCUCUGCCCAAGGCCCCACCUGGGCAGACAGCCAGGAACUCUCCAUGGCCAGGCUGCCUGUGUGCAUGUUCCCUGUCUGGUGCCCCUUUGCCCGCCUCCUGCAGACCUCACAGGGUCCCCACACAACAGUGCCCUCCAGAAGCAGCCCCUCGGAGGCAGAGGAAGGAAAAUGGGGAUGGCUGGGGCUCUCUCCAUCCUUCUUUUCUCCUUGCCUUCGCAUGGCUGGCCUUCCCCUCCAAAACCUCCAUUCCCCUGCUGCCAGCCCCUUUGCCAUAGCCUGACUUUGGGGAGGAGGAAGGGGCGAUUUGAGGGAGAAGGGGAGAAAGCUUAUGGCUGGGUCUGGUUUCUUCCCUUCCCAGAGGGUCUUACUGUUCCAGGGUGGCCCCAGGGCAGGCAGGGGCCACACUAUGCCUGCGCCCUGGUAAAGGUGACCCCUGCCAUUUACCAGCAGCCCUGGCAUGUUCCUGCCCCACAGGAAUAGAAUGGAGGGAGCUCCAGAAACUUUCCAUCCCAAAGGCAGUCUCCGUGGUUGAAGCAGACUGGAUUUUUGCUCUGCCCCUGACCCCUUGGUCCCUCUUUGAGGGAGGGGAGCUAUGCUAGGACUCCAACCUCAGGGACUCGGGUGGCCUGUGCUAGCUUCUUUUGAUACUGAAAACUGUUUUAAGAUGGGAGGGUGGCAAGGGAUGUGCUUAAUAAAUCAAUUCCCAGCCUCA